GCGACUAACCGCCGCGCGGCAUCAUUCCCACCUCCGGUCGUGGCCAAAGGCAGCUUCAGUUUACCGAACCGUGCCAUGGCCUGGCGUGCCGUGGGCUUUGCGUACCUUUCUUUGCUUGGCGCCUCGGGCGAGGAGUGCGACGUGGUGCUUCUGCAGUUGGCCCAUGACUUGGACAACACGAGCGCGAGCACUAAGACCUUGGCCCCAAACCCCAAGGAGGUCUCCCCGCGUGCGGCGUGGUUGCGGCACGCAGUGACGAUGUUGAAAGGGCCAGCGCGGCAUGGCGAUGCCAUGCUGCUAGGCAGCCGCUCGAAGCUGGCCAUACACGCCCACCCGCUGGGCGAGCUCUUCGGGGUGUCAGGCGUGGCGCUUGCCGCGUCCAGCGUGAACCUUGUGGACGUGGUCUGGCUGCUGCCCUUCCUCAUCAUAGCCCGAGGCACGCUUCACGCGGGCAUCUUUAUCUUCAUCAGCCAGCUCUGGGUCACUCUGGCCAUCAUCGCCUGGUCCUUGGGCGGCGGGGUCUUAGAAUCCCAGCCCGGCAUGGAGCGUGACGCGGACUACAUCCUCGGCUCUUUAAUCUUGCUCUAUGCUGUGGUGAUGUACGUCCAGGAGAAGCACGCAGAUGUGGACUGUGACUACGAGUCGCGUUUCACCACAGGCACCUUCAUCCUGCUGACCUUGGCUGGAACAGUGGAUCAGAUUCUGGUCUAUGGGCCGCUGCUGGCAACCGAGUUGUUUCGGUUUACUCCCCGGCCGCCAGUUGGGCAUCUUGAUGGCCUCCUUGAUCACCCUGGGCCUCGCCCUCUUGACGGGGAAAAGCUCCUGCAUCCAAUCUGCCGUCAAGGCGCUGCCGCUGUGGCUGCUAUUGACCUUCAUGGGUCUCGCCGCGAUGGUGGAGGGGAUGCUCGUCACCAUGACGGGAUCCGAUUCAGCUGAGAUCGUCCAGUGAGAAAUGCUCAACUUGCCAAACGUGUCAUGUCAUCUAUAGGGAAUCUUUCUAGUUGACAUGGCAGCAAGCGGGGCAGCGUGCACAGAUAUUUCUCUUGACAUGAAUUGCAAAGAGCGAGUACUGAGCACUAUGAGAUCGCCAGCAUUUGACCUUUGUGCACACCUGCACGUUUCAAACUGGUUUGUAGAGCCGCGUUGUCUGUAGAGCCGCGUUGCCAGCGCAUCGCUCAACGUGGCCCCCGAGUUUCAACAAUUUCCAUCGCCGGCUAAGCGUUUACCAUGGA